UUGUAACUUAGUCCGUUCCAGUGCAUACAUGUAGCCUACCUUGUGCAGAGCCCUGCCCUUAGACCAGCUGCUCUGGAAAUCUUUACCCUGAGGUUUUGUGACUGUAGUAGCGCUAAUGGGAGAAAUGACGGAGCAAAAGAAGUUGUCUGAAGUUAUUAGUCAGAUAUUUAAAGAAGUGCCAGCUGCCAGGAGGAAUCUUGUUGAUAACCACAGUAACCUCCUCCGCGUCGCAGAUUACUGCGAGAACAAUUUUCUUCAGGCAGAGGAUUCAAGCAAAGCUGUUGAAGAAGCCAAGGGUUUGGCUGCCCAGGCGCUGGCUAAUGUGGCCUACCAGAUCAACAGUCUGGCCAGCACCCUGCUGAGGCUGCUGGACUCACAGGCCAUGCAGAUCAAAGAUAUGGAGUCUUCAGUCAACCUGCUGUCACUGGCUGCAGCUAUCCACUUUGAGACAGCAGCGAGGAGAGAAAUCGGUGCUUUUACUACUCCCAAAAACAGGAGCCGCUCCAAUCCAAUGAGCCCACCGACUUCAGGCAAGGAGCUGGAGAGAAGCUACUUAAGAGAGCCGAUAUCAUUCUACAUCUUGGACUCCAUUGGACUCCGUUUUGGGGUCACUGUGCAGCCGCCCGAAAAGAGAGCAGACACCACAGAGAGCAACAGUGCUGACUUCUCUGUAUCCCGUCUUGGCAUCGCCGUGCCUCCGCCAUCAAUCCCCACCCUGCGAACCGUCUCCGACCCCACCAACGACAGCCUGCCCCCCCCUUCUCCUCCUCCGGGCGAUAUGGACCCCAAUAUGCCCGCUCCUUCUCCUUCUCCUCCUCCACCCCCACCUCCCUCUUCCUCCAUGGACACUGGCUUCCCCCCUCCUCCGCCCUCCUUCACCUCACAAACAUCUCUCCCCCCACCUUCCCCUCCUCCGCCCUCCUUCACCUCACAAACAUCUCUCCCCCCACCUUCCCCUCCUCCGUCCUCCUUCACCUCACAAACAUCUCUCCCCCCACCUCCCCCUCCGCCACCAAUCUAUCCAUGUAAUGGCCCCUACACACCUCCACCUCCUCCUGUAGCAGGAGGGGCCCCUUUUCUUCCUCCACCUCCUCCAGUAUCAGGAGCUGCAAAAAGAAUACUCCUGUGA